GAACAUUAUCACCCCCCAUUUGAUGUUAUAAAUAUUCGGAUGCAUCAUGAGCUCGGUACAUUGAGUCUUCGAUUCGAUUGCUAAAAAGUUCAAACUAUUUUCAUUGAAUUCGAGAGGAUGGUGUUCGAAAUAAGGGGUAAACACGCUCUCAUCACUGGUGCCGCUGCUGGCAUCGGUCUGGCAUAUGCAGUGGAGUUGAUGAAGAAUGGACUUGCCGCAGUCGUGAUUGCUGACAUAGAUGCUAAAAAUGGCGCUGAGGCUGCUACUAUGCUCAAUAAAACAUAUGGCGCAAACAAGGCAUUCUUUAUUAAGACCGAUGUCACCAAAGCUGAACAAAUGGAUGCUGCAUUCGCACUCGCCGUGUCAAAGUUCGGAAAGCUGGAUUUGGUAAUCAACAAUGCUGGCAUAAUGAACGACGCGAAUUGGGAGUUGGAAAUUGCCAUUAAUUGCAACGCUGUGGUGCAAGGUUCUCUCCUCGGUAUGAAAUAUAUGGGGAAGAACAACGGAGGCAAAGGUGGAGUGAUCGUCAACAUUGCUUCCAUCCUCGGUCUACAAGAGCUUGAAGGCUGCCCCAUCUACGUCGGAACCAAGCAUUUCGUGGUUGGUCUCGACAGGUCUUUCGGAUCGCCCUAUUUCUACAACCUGACAGGCAUUCAGUUCCUGACCAUGUGCCCUGGGGUAACUGACACUCCUUUGAUAUCGGAAGCCAAUAGGUUUGCUUUGAAAGGUUAUCCGGACUUGGGGAAGAAUUUGGCUAAGGGAUUAGGUGCUCUACCUCCACAAAGACCUGAAAAUGUGGCUCAGGGUUUAAUCAAACUGAUCACCGAGGGUGAGAAUGGUAGUGUGUGGGUAUCAGAAGGAGGUCAGCCCAUUUACGAAGUGGAGAUCCCAGAAAGGACAACUCUACGCAAGAAUUGAUUUAGGAGAUGAUCCAUUGAUGAUGUUCAAACUGUUGAUAAGUACCAAACUAAUUAUUGUGAUCUUUAAAUUAUGUUCAUUUUGCUGUAUGGUUGUAUUUUUCAACACAGUUUUCCACUUAUAUAAGAUGAAUUAAAAGUUGUUUCCAAUGGUGUUG